AUGGAUCGCCUGGUCCAGCUCCGUGAUCCUCAACGAGAUAACAAAAUAUCUGUCCCAUCCAAAAACGUAGAAGACAGUGUAGAAGAUUUCUAUACGUAUAUUCCGCGUCAUAGAGGCGAUUUUCCAUCGCUCGAUUACCAGCUGGCUGAUGAUCCGCCACGUGGAACGCGAUACAACAUCGUGGACCGCAUUUUUAAAGACGACCUGCCCGUAUACAUCUUGCGGCCACAACCGGACUUGGAUGGUAGGAGCUCUAUUAAAAGAAAGAGUUCAGAAGUCUCUCUUGGCCCUAAAUCCUUUAACGAUUGUCCAGAAACGCGGCAAAAUGGUUCCGAGUUCGUAACAAGGAGACGACUGUCAAGGUGCAGAACAUCGCCGACGUUGGCUCAAAGCAGCUCGUCAGACUCGCUGGCAUACGAUCCCUGCGAUCCAAGCUUAUUACACGUCGAUCUUUCCGAUGUUCUUUCAUAUGUCACCCCCAGGGAACUGGAACGGUAUGAAACAUUUCGCUUCGAGAAUCCCCGGCCGGAGGAUUUCCCCCCAGUUUCGUCUCACUCGAGAGAUAGUUCGGAAGUUCCAAGAUUCGAGAGAGACCAAAGAGCACUAGUAAGAGAGGAGAUACGAUCAACUGAUGCUAGGAAAAAACCUCCGAAGAAGCGUACCAAGACCGUUCCUUCCACCACUCCAAACCAGAUUGAAAGUGACGCGCAGGACGCAGGCAAAGCGGAGUCGGUACUGUUACCUUUGCGCAAUGUUUUGCCAAAGGAGUCACGCGAAGUCUUAAAUCAAGGCGAUACAAUAGAAAUCAUACCUUCUUUUGAACCAGAGAUAGUUGACGUCAGCAAAGGUCAUGUGCAACGUUCUUUUCAGGAUGAACAUGCGCUUUCUUCUGGAGAUUCUGACUCUCAAACGACAGCUGCGACGAGCAAGAAUCGAUCAAUAAGGAGUGGCAAAAUUCUUGACUCUUCAGCCUCCAUUGAACCGCGAGAACAAUCAAGUUCAGAUACGAAAUUCCAACGAUGGGAAAGAAACUUCAAAACCUUGGCAGAGAAGUUAUCCACUACACCCAUACGGACCUCAGAGGUUGCGGAUGGACAAAGGAAUAUCUCAUCCGUGCCCAUACGCACCUUGGCCGAAACUAGCGGAUCGAGCAUUCCUAGUAGCUCUAGUUUUGGCACACAAUCUACUAUUGACUCGUACCUCAAAGCGAUGUCCAAAGCGAGAGAAGCGAAACGGCCACCUUCUUUUGUACAAUAGAGGUCACGAUGAAAAAGAAAACCAACCCUUCAUGCCAAAGCUGGGAGAUAUCAGCAAGCCAUUAAAUAUGAUAAGAUCAAGGCCAAAUAUCAACCAGAAACUGAGCUGAAAGUCGAGAGUGCAGAAUAUCAUGAGCGAAAAUACAUAGAUCUCAUGCUAAAUGAUCUAUAAUGGAAGUAGUCUUGCGUUAUUUGUGUAAAAGGGCUGAGACUUCACAGGCGACGUAUCUCGCCAAGAACGAAUUGGACGGCGCAGGAAAACAAGCUGAUGGAAAUUAAUUGUCCACACUUUCGGACAAACCUGAGACUACAUAUGUGAUAGCUGCACAGCAUAGCAUUGGUGUUUGAUUUCUGGGGAACUCUUCAGUGCGGAGAAGUGAUACCACAACAUCAAGCAUCUUCAUUAAGGGAACUGGAG